AUGAUGAAUCUGGCUCCAUCGUGCCACUUCUUACUGUUCUUCCUGCUUGUUGUUUUCCUGACAGGUGUGUACGGGAAGCGAAUCGUCGGGGGUGGAGUGGUACCACCUUACUCCAUCAAGUAUCAAGCCUCCCUCUGGUUCGCCAACUCCCACUUCUGUGGAGGCACCCUCAUCCGCCCACAGUGGGUGGUGUCUGCUGCCCACUGCUGGAGGCCGAGUCGCAUGUUAAAAGUGGUCCUGAGUGAGCACAGCAUCGUCAGGGAGGAGGGCUAUGAGCAGAUAUUUAACGUCUCCUUGGUCAUCAAACACCACGAUUACAGUUACUGGACGCUUGACAAUGAUAUCAUGCUGAUAAAGUUGGAGCGUCCAGCUAUCAUCAGUGCCCUCGUCGAGCCGAUAUCUUUGCCAGACCUGAACUCACCCCCGCCGAGAGACUUCACACUGUGUACAGUCAGCGGCUGGGGCGUAACCUGGGCCUACGGGCGUAGACUGUCACCUGAGCUGAAGUCUGUGGAUGUGGAGCUCUUCUCCAACUGCUGGAACUUCUACUCCUUCAGGGUCACGAGAAACAUGAUCUGUGCUGGCUCUUUUCUUGGAGGGAGAGACUCCUGUCAGGGUGAUUCGGGAGGACCUCUCGUCUGUAACAAUAAAUUUGAAGGCAUCGUGUCUUGGGGCGUCAGCUGUGCCAUUCCUUACUACCCCGGAGUCUACACCAAAGUCAGAAACUACCUCUCAUGGAUCAACCUUGUCAUCGAGAGCAGCCAAUGA